GUUCUCUUUGACCAGUCUGAAGUUCCCUCUUGUUUUCAUCAUGGAGCCAGCAAAUUUGAAAGGUGUUGUUGGUCAACCUGAAAUUACAGCGCAGACUGAAUCGGCCGAACCGACCAAACAAGAGAUUCACUCCAAGGGCGAACAUGUUAUCACUUUUCGAAUGGCAGAUGGUGAAAAGGCACACAAUGUUCAGCAGAGCGGAGUGAGCCGUAUCGAAGCCUUUUCCCGCCUGUUCGGUCGUCGACAUCCCGUCGCAAUCACCCUCUACUUCUGCAUUCUCGCCGUUGCCGUUUCCUUCUCGCUUGACCAGUCCACCACGGCGGCAUACGAUGUCUAUGCCACAGCAGCCUUCAAUCGUCAGUCCUACAUCGGUGUGAUCGAAAUUGCCGAGGCUAUCAUCAUUGCCGUGUCGAAACCCUUCCUUGCCAAAAUAUGCGACGUUUUCUCUCGGCAGACAGCAUACAUUCUAAUCCUGGUUUCCUACGUGAUUGGGUAUAUUGUUGUGGCCACUUCACCCAAUGCCGCAGCACUAUGUGUUGGUCGUGUUAUCUCAUCGACGGGGCAAGCUGGCUUCGACCUGGUAACGGAUAUCAUCGUCGGUGACCUGAGUCCGCUGCAAUGGCGUGGGUUUACCAGUGCAAUGACCUCGUUUCCUUUCCUCUUUCUACCGUUCGUUGGUUCCAAGAUCCAGGCGAGUUUUUGCACUGGCAAUACCGAUGAUUGCUGGAGAUGGGGGUAUGGAAUGUUUUGUAUCAUUGCACCGGCCUUAGUAACUCCUAUCAUCGUCACUCUCUUUUACGCAGACCACCAGGCCAAGAAAGCAGGCGAGCUUUCUUUUGCAGCCAGCCGUCUCGAAACCAGAAGGGCUGUGGAGGCUGGUACUAUGCAGAUUCAACGGCCGACACUUCAGAACCGCUUUUCAACAUUCUGGCAGCUUCUCGAUGAGAUCGACAUCAUUGGCUUGAUGCUACUGGGCAUGGCUUUUGCCCUGAUAUUGCUUCCAUUCAGCCUUGUCAGCGACGCCGAUGGGGGCUGGUCAAACGCCUCCAUGAUUGCUAUGAUAGUCUGUGGCUUCGUCAUCCUCGUCCUCUUUGUUUUUUGGGACGUCAGGUGGGCUAAUUAUCCCUUACUCAACCGACGUGUCUGGCACAACAAAACUUUUAUAUGUGCUGUGGUUAUCGAUAUCUUCUACAUGGUGAGCGGAAAUAUUCGCUCGACCUACUAUACUACCUGGGUUUUUGUCAUUAAACCAUGGGACAACUACAACUGGGGCAACUUUGUGGCUAUCACCACGGUAGCACUCACCCUUUUCGGUAUUCUGGCAGGAUUGUACCAUCGCAUCUUCCACCGGUAUAAAAUCUUACAGAUCUUCGGGCUGUCUUUGCGUAUCCUUGGCUUGGGUAUCACCUACUGGGCCGUUGGUCCGCAUGCCAACACGGGCGCGCUGGUGAUGUCUCAGAUUCUCAACGCCAUGGGUGGUGCAUGCUCCGUCGUUGGAACGCGAGUAGCCUCGCAGGCCUCCGUACCGCAUCAAGACCUCGCCGCGAUUAUCUCGCAAGUCUCACUUUGGACCAAACUUGGCUCUUCCGUGGGCUCCGCCAUCUCCUCUCACACGUACACUAGCACCUACAUGGGCCAUUUGCUAAACGAGGGACUUGGGAGUGAAGAUGCCACGGUUUUCUAUAGCAGCGGUACCAAAGCUAGAACCAUGUUCGCUUGGGGGACCGAAAAGCGAGAGGCCGGUAUUCGGGCGUUCACCAACACCGUUCGACCCAUGUACCUGGCUGCUUUGUGUCUGUCAGUGAUUCCUUUGAUUGCCGGUCUCUUGAUGCCCAAUUACUACUUAGGACGCACUCAGAAUGUGGUCGAUGGUACGGACAACGGCGGUGUCGUUGUCAGCGAAAACCAAGCUCAAGCACAGGAGAAUGGGGGGCAGAAGAAGCAUUGGUUAGCGAAGCUGUGGCGUGGUGUCCAGAACUAGAGCAUCUCAGCUUGAUACCUCCAUUGAUGCAAAAAGCAUAGUGGUAGUGCUGUGGAUCAUUGUGCGUUCACUUGGUGUGAUAAAUUUAUCCGGACACCUAUUCAUGGUCUGGUUGUUUCU